ACCGCACUUCCCAGUAGAAGCAACCAGCCCCACGGACCGUCAGCAGUCCCACACCACUUGGUGCUGUGACCUGAUUAGGUGCAGGGCGGUCAGACUGGCCGUCGCCUGGCACACCACCCCCAGCUCGCCCCACGGGAACCGAGCAACCGCCCUAGACGGCUGUGCUCAAGGCGGACCACGUACUAAGAGGUACGUCGGUAAGGAAACACGCACCACUGCCAGACUCAGUUUCGUGGACGAGGGAAUUAGAGCUCCUCAGGUAGACCGCGACAGAAACUCAUUACCGCCAUUGAAACGCCCCGCCGCCAUUGGAAUGCGCGCCGGAUGCGCGAUGCCAUUAAAACACGUGCCUGAUGCACGAGGUUGCAGCAUGGUCAUACUAUCCUCGCCACGAACCCUGCAUCCGAACGCCGGGACACCGACUGUGCGGGCGGGAUGUGAAUGGCCUCUCACGCGACCGCCAAUGCUCUAUUCUGGUCACGCUGGCCGCGAUAAGGGCGCGAGAUCCACAAAAAAUCCGGCCUGCCGUAGACGUCGACGGACGCACAGAACCGCCGUGAUCUAUCCCGCGAGCCGCGCCACACCUACCACGUCACGCCUCACUGCCCGCGUCAGAGACGCGAGCAGUUGCAGCGGGUGAGGCAGUCCGACCGUGCGCGCGACAAGGAGAGCUGUCAGGAUCUUACGCGCCGGGAAGACCGCAGGGAGGAUGUUUGUGCCCCGGAGUGCACGCAAGUGGAAAGUGCAGCCUGGGUUUAGGGUGGGGGCGGGAGGCGACGAGGAGAGUGAGGGCAUCAUAGGGGUGCAGGGCACGGAAUGUGAAGGGGUUGAGAGGGCAAGUGGAUGGGUCAGGGCUGUCGCGGGGGGCAGGGCUGUCGCGGGGGGCAGGGCUGUCGGGGAGGGGAGGGCUGUCGGGGGGGGGCUGCCGGGGGGGGCAGGGCUGUCGCAAGGGGCAGGGCGGUCAUGGUGGGCCCCGAAAAGCGAGCAAAAGAGGCGCCGAAACAUCGGGUCAGCAUGCCAACCAGGAAACCUCGGCGCUGCUAGGUGAUCACCCAUUUGCUCGUGUGAAACUGCCCUUGCUCAUUCAUGUGGUUAUUGGGUUGUUAUACCGCGACGAUACAGGCGUGGGAUACGAGUGUUGCACAGGAUGCAGUCGACGAGUUCCUACAAAAUCGGGAACUACCUGAUGAAAUAGAUUUUCCCAUGCAGUCAUUCUAGGUUGUGCCAUAUCAUAAGCAGAACACUAAUAAAUACCCUUAUAUUUGUUAAAGCUGCAUACUAUUGUUUGUGCUGUGGACGAAC